GGGCGCGCGCGCGGGGGAGGGGCGGCGGCUCAGUCUGCGCCGGGCGCUCGGGGCAUCAGCUGGCGGGCGGCCGGGCGCCCUUCGCCGGCCCAGCUCUUGCCGCCGCCGCCGCUGCAGCGCCGCCUCCUCUCCGCGUCGCAGGCCGGCCGGGCGGCCGUGACAAUGUCGCGGGGCUGGGAGUAGCUGGACGCCGGCUGCUGCGCCGCCGUCUCAAGUUUAAACUUACACGAAUCGCUUUCUUGAGGAGGAGGGGACCGCCGCGCGAUUGACACGCAUAUUCCCAUAGGCAUCCUCCUCCCUCGGCCCCCACCCCCACGGCCGGAUUCGGGUGGCUCCUCUCCCAGCUGAAAUCCGAGAAGAAAUCCUUGGAUCUCUCGUUUUAUUUUUAUUUUUGCAUUUUAUUAUUAUUAUUAUUAUUUUCUUAAAAAAGAAAAAUCCCGAAACCAUCGGUAUUUUGCUCUCCUGCAUCCCGUUCGCAAGAUGAAGAAGUUUUUCGACUCCCGGCGAGAGCAGGGCAGCUCUGGCCUGGGCUCGGGCUCCAGCGGGGGAGGGGGCAGCACGUCGGGCCUGGGCAGCGGCUACGUCGGAAGGGUCUUUGGCAUCGGGCGACAGCAGGUCACCGUGGACGAGGUGCUGGCGGAAGGUGGAUUUGCUAUUGUGUUCCUGGUGAGGACCAGCAAUGGAAUGAAAUGUGCCUUGAAACGCAUGUUUGUCAACAAUGAGCAUGAUCUUCAGGUGUGCAAGCGGGAAAUCCAGAUCAUGAGAGACCUGUCAGGGCACAAAAACAUUGUGGGUUACAUCGACUCCAGCAUCAACAGCGUGAGCAGUGGUGAUGUCUGGGAAGUUCUCAUUCUGAUGGACUUCUGCAGAGGCGGCCAGGUGGUCAACCUGAUGAACCAGCGUCUGCAGACCGGCUUCACGGAGAACGAAGUGCUCCAGAUCUUCUGUGACACCUGCGAAGCUGUGGCCCGCCUGCACCAGUGCAAAACGCCCAUCAUUCACCGCGACCUGAAGGUUGAAAAUAUCCUCCUCCAUGACCGAGGCCACUAUGUCCUGUGUGACUUUGGAAGUGCCACCAACAAGUUCCAGAAUCCUCAGGCUGAAGGAGUGAAUGCAGUGGAAGAUGAGAUUAAGAAAUACACAACGCUGUCCUAUCGCUCACCAGAAAUGGUCAACCUGUACAGUGGCAAAGUCAUCACUACGAAGGCAGACAUUUGGGCUCUUGGAUGCUUGUUGUAUAAAUUGUGCUACUUCACUUUGCCAUUUGGAGAGAGUCAGGUGGCAAUUUGUGACGGAAACUUCACGAUUCCUGAUAACUCUCGAUAUUCCCAAGAUAUGCACUGCCUGAUUAGAUAUAUGUUGGAACCAGACCCUGACAAAAGGCCAGAUAUUUACCAGGUCUCCUACUUCUCAUUUAAACUACUCAAGAAAGAAUGCCCAGUUCCCAAUGUACAGAACUCGCCCAUUCCUGCAAAGCUUCCUGAACCUGUGAAAGCCAGUGAAGCAGCUGCAAAAAAGACCCAGCCAAAGGCCAGGUUGACAGAUCCCAUUCCCACCACAGAGACUUCCAUUGCACCCCGUCAGAGGCCUAAGGCCGGGCAGACUCAGCCAAACCCAGGAAUCCUUCCCAUACAGCCUGCCCUGACACCCCGAAAGAGGGCCACGGUUCAGCCCCCACCGCAGGCUGCAGGAUCCAGCACUCAGCCUGGCCUUCUACCCAGUGUCCCUCCAUCGAAAACACAGCCCCCAGCCAGCCAGCCGCAGCCCAAGCAGCCACAAGCCCAGCCCGUUCCACAGCCGCCAGCCUCCUCGCAAGCACAGGGUCUGCCCACGCAGGCCCAGGCCACUCCCCAGCACCAGCAGCAACUUUUCCUCAAGCAGCAGCAGCAGCAACAGCAGCAGCAGCAGCAGCCACAGCCACAGCCGCAAUCGCAGCCCCAGCAGCAGCAGCCGCCUCAGCCGCAGCCGGCCCAACAGCCGGCCGGCACGUUCUACCAGCAGCCGCCGCCGCAGGCCCAGGCCCAGCAGUUUCAGGCAGCCCAGCAACCAGCGAUUGCUCAGUUCCCUGUGGUGUCCCAAGGAGGGUCUCAGCAGCAGCUGAUGCAGAACUUCUACCAGCAGCAGCAGCAACAGCAACAGCAGCAGCCACAGCCCUCAGCGGCCACGGCACAGCCCCCUGCAGCCCCCCAGCCCACCCCAGGCCAGGAGCCAGCGAUUCAAGCCCCAGUACGACAACAACCAAAGGUUCAAACAACUCCACCCCCUGCUGUCCAGGGGCAGAAAUCUGGAUCUCUCACGCCCCCAUCAUCCCCCAAGACCCAGCGUGCUGGUCACAGACGAAUUCUCAGUGAUGUAACCCACAGUGCAGUCUUUGGGGUACCUGCCAGCAAAUCAACCCAGCUGCUCCAGGCAGCUGCAGCUGAGGCCAGUCUCAAUAAAUCCAAGUCAGCAACCACCACUCCUUCGGGCUCCCCUCGGACCUCCCAGCAAAAUGUUUAUAAUCCAUCAGAAGGUUCUACAUGGAAUCCAUUCGACGACGAUAAUUUCUCCAAACUAACAGCUGAAGAACUGCUGAACAAGGACUUUGCCAAGCUGGGGGAAGGCAAACAUUCUGAGAAGCUUGGUGGCUCGGCUGAGAGUUUGAUCCCUGGCUUUCAGACAACCCAAGGUGAUGCUUUCGCCCCUUCCUCGUUCCCUGCUGGAACCGCUGAAAAAAGGAAGGGUGGGCAGACUGUGGAUUCUAGCCUCCCACUUUUAAGCGUAUCUGAUCCUUUCAUUCCUCUCCAAGUACCCGAUGCACCAGAAAAACUAAUUGAGGGACUCAAAUCUCCUGACACUUCUCUCCUGCUCCCUGACCUCUUGCCUAUGAAAGAUCCUUUUGGUAGCACUUCCGAUGCUGUAAUCGAAAAAGCUGAUGUUGCUGUUGAGAGUCUCAUACCAGGACUGGAGCCCCCGGUGCCCCAGCGCCUGCCAUCUCAGACGGAAUCUGUGACCUCGAACCGAACAGAUUCUCUCACCGGGGAAGAUUCCCUGAUUGAUUGCUCUCUGCUUUCUAAUCCUACUACUGACCUUCUGGAAGAGUUUGCCCCCAUAGCAAUCUCUGCUCCAGCCCAUCAAGCUGCAGAAGAUAGUAAUCUCAUCUCAGGUUUUGAUGUCCCUGAGGGCUCGGACAAGGUGGCAGAAGAUGAGUUUGAUCCUAUUCCUGUAUUGAUAACCAAAAACCCACAAGGUGGGCACUCUAGAAACAGCAGUGGGAGCUCUGAGUCCAGUCUUCCCAACCUAGCCAGGUCUUUACUGCUGGUGGAUCAGCUCAUAGACCUGUAGCCGUGACCCAGUAGCAGAUGCAGUUCUGUAACCUUCAUACCGUAAUACACAUUUUCAUUACGGAAUUAUCAGAAAAAAAUUUUUUUUUUAAAAAGCUGCAAAAUAAGGGACCCUCUAGCCCUUAUCUCCUAUCCCUUGCCUUCUCCUGUAGAAAUGAUAAGGAAAGAAAAUCACUCUGACCCUCCAGAGAUUCUUGGCCAGUCCCUCCCAUUAGUUUGCUGUGAUUUCUCAUGACCCUUCUUCAGUAGCAUUAUCUAGAUGCCAUGAGCUUCACUUCUGCUGGAAUCAACUCCACCAAAAGCUUAACUGUAACUAAAACUAGUGAAUUGACACCUUUGUCUCAUUCUUGCUAGGAAUGGCCUCCCAAAUCAGUCCUUCCAACCCCAGUCUCCUUUGGCCAGAUGCUGAUGAAUGUAUUUCUCUGUUUUUUGCUUACUAUCCUGUUGCAUUAUCAUCAGGACAUGGCUUCUUCGGUUGGUCUUAACUCUAGGCAGUAGCCUAGAGCUGGGCGUAUGGUUUAAUAGAGGGUAAAGACACUGAUGGUCUGUGUUUGAAAGGAGAACUGGAGCCCAGCUGUAGCCAACCAACUUUGACCUUGUUUGAUCAUAGACUUAGCCAAGGGAUAUCACGCCCCAUGCAACCUGCCCAGCAUUCGUCCAGCAUUUUGGCUUCCAUUGAACCGUGAUUUCCCAGAUCUGGAGACAUGACUGCAAGUACUUGAGAUCCCUGGAUAAAAUAUGUACAUUAUAGAAACCCCAAGUAUUGCCAUUCCUUUUCAUGUUAACUGCCCCAAGCUGGGAAUCAGAAUUAGACCAAAACAAGACAAUGGUGGUAAUAUGAUACCUUUUAUUAGAAGACUUUUCACUGAGGGGGGGGUGGGGUGGAUGGGGGAGGGGAAGGAAUUGUAGCAGAAACAGAUGUAUUUUUCUUGUGAUUUUUAUUUUGAAUCGAAUAUUGUAAAUUGUGUAUAAAUGAAGACACUGAAUAGUUCUGUUUCCACUUGGCGUUUCAAGUCUGAUAUCAGGUGUCUGUACAGGGUUUUGAUCUCUUUUCCUUGUAUAACUACAUAGCGAUCCUACAGUGUAACAUAUGGAAUCAUUUUGAGUAGACUUGUGUGUUCCUAUACGCUUUCAGCAGGUCCUUUGUCUUUGUAGAAUAAGCAUGUUGUUUAUUUUCAGAUAGUCCGAAAUAUGUGCUCACAAGCUAGGCCCAAUUUGACUGUGGCUACUUACCUUUCUCUCUGAUGUUUAACUGGAGGCUGCAGCCAAUGAAAUAUGUCCACUUGGUUUUCCUUGGCUUCCUAGAUUAAAAAAAAUAAAACAAAGUAUAGUUCCUUAUUAAACUUAGUCUACUGUUCAUAAAAUAAAUAAAUGACCCUGUACUGACAUGACAAUAUGCCUCAUGGUCACCCUCUGUAUAUGUACUUACUCACUGAAGUGUGUUUUUUCCUUACAUGGAAAGCAGUUUUAUAAAAAUCACCCUUUUGAAGAGGUGGACACUGAGAACCCUAUUGUUCUCUCUUUGAGUGCCAUUUUCCAUGAGCAGAAGGCAAAGUCUCAGUUGAUCAGAUUUGUACCAAAAAACAAAAACAAGAAUUCAAAAUCCAUUUGCUUAUAUCUCUAUCUAGCACCUUUGUUUCUUCUUCCUCACUAUUUGCACUUUACGGGGGAAAAAAGGAAAAUUUCAUGGCAACAGCCGCUCGCAAAACACUGCACUUUAGAGGUCAUGUUUUGACCCUUGCGAUGGGAGAGCAACUUUUGAAAGCAUCAGAGGUAAAGUCUAAAAUCAGUCUUCCUUCUGAUUUUCAAUAUUUCCCAUGCUAACUGGAACUAGAUGAGCUAAGAAAGGCCUUUUGAUAGGGAAGUGGAUCAUGUUUAAAAUUAAGAGAGAGACAACCAUCUUGCUGAGGAUGAACUAAAGAGAUCCAUGAAGAGUUCUCCAUGCAGUUGAGUAGCAGUGGAAUGGACCUGGUUGACCCCUAUAUGGACAGGAAAAUUGCUGAACAUCAGAAUUGUUAUUCUCUAUCCUGCACAUAAAAAGAAUGUAUAAACUAAUGAAGGAAAUAUUUAUUUUUUAAAUAAGAAUAAUAUUUUAUGCCUCUGUUUUCCAGUUUAAUUUUUUUCAUACAUGCAUAUUAGGAAUAUAAUGAAAUAUUUAGUUUCUCUAAUUAAAGUUAUGAAGAAGAGUACAGAUUAGAAAUUAGUUGUCUCUACAUUGUUCCUUUUAUGUACUAUUGUCCAUAAUUACAUUGAGAUAUACUAUCAGGUCAUCUGGCCCAAGAGAGCUUAACAGAGAUAGCCAAUGAAAAUGAACU